AUGCUGAUCAAAUCUUCUAUUUCUGUCGCAAUCUUCGGUCUCCUGGCUCAAGCUGCUUAUGGUAAGGCUAUCGACAAACACCACCCUCAUGGCGAUGAUGGGUUUGUCAAGACCACUGAAACUGGCUUCACCUUGAACGGCAACCCUUACUUUAUCCGUGGCGUCAACUACUGGCACGGUAUCAACAUGGGCAGCUUGGACGGCGGUAACCGUACUCGCUUGGACCUUGAACUUGACCAACUUGCUGCUAUGGGUGUGAACAAUGUUCGUAUUGUUACUGGCACUGAAGGCCCUGACGGUGAGCCUUUCCGUAUGCGUCCUGCCUUGAUGGAUUCUCCUGGCAAAUACAAUGAAAAAAUUUACCAAGGCCUUGAUUAUUUUAUCGAUGCUUUGGGCAAGCGUAAUAUGACAGCUGUUGCCACUUUGGGUAACUUCUGGCAUUGGAGUGGAGGUUUCUCUCAAUACAUCAACUGGAUUACCGGUGAAACUCCUCCUUAUCCCACUAACAACCCCUACACCUACGAUGAGUUCACCAACUGGACUCGCAGGUUCUACACUGAUCCCAAGAUUGCCAAGAAGGCCGAUAAGUUGUUCAAGGACAAUAUCAAGAAGAUCCAAAAUCAUAAGAACACUUUUAAUGGCAAGGCUUAUAAUGAAGACUCUACCAUUAUGGCUUGGGAGAUCGCUAAUGAACCUCAAUCUGCUCCUGCUCACUGGUUUGAUGAUGUUGCCAAGUUCAUCAAGUCGAAUGCUCCCAAGCAACUCGUCACUGGUGGUAUUGAAUCCAAGUUGGAUGAGCAAGAUUUCAUGAAUGCUCAUGCCUCCAAGUACAUUGAUUACUGUACUAGUCAUUUGUGGGUUGAAAACUGGGGUAUCUAUGACCCCUUCAAAGAGGAUGGUCUUCAAGCUGCUUUAGACUAUGCCAAGGAAUACAUUUCUACUCGUGUUGAUUGGGCCAAGAAGGUCAAGAAGCCUAUUGUCAUGGAAGAGUUCGGUAUGGCUAGAGACGCCUGGAAGCAGCCCAACAGCCAGUGGGCCAAGUGGGAUCCUGAAACCAGUACUGAACACAAGGAUAAGUACUACGAUUACAUGCUUAGCGAGAUCUACAAGCAAGUUGAAGCUGGUGGACCUUAUGCUGGCUCUAAUUUCUGGGCCUAUGGUGGUGUUGGUAGACCAUAUGAAGAUCCUAAUCAAUACGGAAUGUAUCUCCUUGGCGAUCCACCUCAUGAGCCCCGUGGUUGGUAUUCAGUGUAUGAUACAGACACUACUGUUUCUGUCAUUAAAAACCAAUAUAAAAAACUGGCAGAUCUGGAAAAGAAAUAA